AUGAAUAUUUAUAGACUCAAUUAGAAGCUAAGACACAUUAUGGAAGUGUUUGAUAUCAUCUAGAGAGAUCAAUUGCAAACUUUAAAUGGAGGUUAUUUAGGGGUUCAUCAAGAUUAUUUAAUUCAUUAAGUAAUUAAGUUUCCUAAUCUCUUUGAUAUUAAUUAUGAUGAAUUAAAGUUAAAUGUUGUGAACUUUUUCUAAAUGCUAAAAGAACAUAAUAUCACGCCAAUUGUUAUUUUGUCAUCGUAAAUCCAUUAGAAAAUAAAUUCAAAGAUUAUAAUGAAAUGCUAAUCAGAAAAAAAUAAAGCACAGUUCAGAGAAUUAAUAUAUAAUGAUGCUGUUAUUGAUACUUUGUUACCCAAAAGAAUGAUCAUUGAUUGGCUAAGAGAAUUGCAAAUCCAAUUUUUAGUUGUUCCAGAUGCGGGAAGUUAAAUUCGCUAUCUCUUUACCAACAAUUUAAUAAGUGGAAUAUUAGCAGAGAUAUCCUUAUUGGAGAAGUGUUUUAGUUUCAAGGAAUUAAAUUAUUUGAUUUUAAACAUUUUCGAAAACUCUUUCGAAUGGAUUGACAUAAAACUAUUAACUGCUAAAUCCUAAUUAAGUUUAGAUUCUCUAGCAGAAUUAUAUUAAUUACAUGACUAUUGCACUCGUAAUGAAUGCAUAGGCUAUAAUGAACAAAUUCUAAAUUAAUUUAGCCAAACAAAGUUUACAAAGCCUUUUUCAGAAUUACCAAGGUCUGAUUAAUUUAAUGUUCUCUACAAUAUUGGAUAAUAAUUCUUUGCUGGAAAGCUCACCCUAUAAUAGAGAGUUUAAAAAUUUGCUAACUUUCUGGUUGAUCCAGUUAAGAUCACUUAGUUUAUGCAACAAAUCAAAGAUUCUCCAUACAUUGAUAUAAAUUUUGAUGAACUGAGGUUAUAGACUGCAUCUGCCAGUGCUAUCUAAUUACCAACUGAAAUUUUGGUGUUUUAAAGUAAUGGAAUAGGGUUGUUCUACAAAGAGCAGUCUCUCCUUUAACCUUUAGAAUUCUAAGAAUAUGAAUUUAUUGAACCUUCUUAGAUGGCCUUUGAAAAAUUGAAUAUUGGAUAUUUCCAAGGAAAGAAUUAAAUCAAGUUGAAUACUUCUUUUAAUUUGUUUAAAGAGACAAUUAAAAACCCAACCUUAUUGCGUUCAAUUCAUUUUUAUUAUAAGACAUUAAAAUUGACAUCCAGAAAAUCUUCAUUUGAACUUGGUGAGCAAUCAUAAUAAAUAAAUUCAGAUCUGAUUUAAUUAAAUUUAAAUUUGAGAUUUCUGCAUUUAUAAGGCUUAAUUGAUUUGGAUAAUUAAAAAGGUUCUUUAUAUGCAUCUGCUUUGUCAUAUGCUAAACCUCAAUAUUUUAUUCCCUUCUUCAUUUAUCUAAAAUUAUUGGAAACACCCUAUAAACCUAUUUUAUUUGGGCACUUUUAUAAUCCAUAAAAUGAGAAGGAUGAUGAGAUAAUAGCACCAUUUGCAGAUAAAAAGGAAAAUUUGAUAACAAAACAAUUAAUUAAUUUGUCUGAACAUUAUUAAGAGGAAGAUGAAAAGAUUUUGUUACUUUUGAGAUUUUUUGUGAUUAAUAGUGUUUCUAAAUUAGGUUAAUUAGAUUAUUUUGGAGAUUUUAUCAGUUGUAUAAGUAAAAAUUACGGUUAACAGUAUGAUGCAAUAUUAAUAGGAUUAUAUUUUGAGCUUAAUUAACGUGGCCUUAUUGAGCAAUUUAUAAAUAUUGGUCAAUAAAAUCCUUUUUAUAAAAAAUAUAAUUAUAAUGAAGAAUUUUAUUAAUUUUUGAAAAAAAAGAAAUCCAAAUAAGAAUUUAUGGCAAAUCAUAAUUUAUAACAUUACAUAGAUUGUUGGACAGAAUUUAUCAAAUUAUUUGAUUAUAUCCACUAGAAAAAGGGAAUGAGAUUUGAUAUUUUGUUAAAGACCAAUGAGUAUUUUUAGUCGUUGAUUAAGUGA